AUGAAACCUUACUUAGUUGAAUUAAAGCUAAAAGACACUGAGAAGCUGGACUGGAAAAACGGUCUAUCCUCAUAUCUCAAAAAAUCGUACGGCUCUUCACAAUGGAAAACAUUUUAUGAUGAGAAGGCUACAUCCGAUCUCGACCACUUAAGGAAUAAUGCGAAUGGAGAGCUAGCACCUGAUUCAUUAUCUGAACAAAAUUUAAAAUACUACUCUUUUUUGGAACAGCUUUACCUUCGUCUGGGUAGUAAAGGAUCGAGGUUAAAAUUAGAUUUUACCUGGUAUGAUGCAGAAUACUCGUCAGCACAAAAGGGGCUCAAAUACUCCCAACAUACUUUAGCGUUUGAAAAAUCCUGUACUUUGUUCAAUAUUGCUGUAAUAUUUACGCAAAUAGCUAGGGAAAAAAUCAAUGAUGAUUACAAAAUCUCGAUUGCAAAUUUGACGAAAGCUUAUUCCUGUUUUGAGUUCUUAUCAGAGAACUUUUUGAACUCACCGUCCGUUGAUCUGCAGUCUGAAAACACGAGGUUUUUGGCCAAUCUUUGUCACGCAGAAGCUCAAGAGCUAUUCCUUCUAAAACUAUUGAAUGGUCAACUAUCACCCAAGCAAUACACGUUAAUCAGCAAACUUGCCAGGACCACCUGUAACCUCUAUCAAAAAUGUCACGAUUUUACUAAGGACACAGGAAGCGAAUUGCUCACAUAUGGUGAACCCAAAUGGAAGACCAUUGUUACUUGUAAACUACACUUCUACAAAUCGCUGAGCGCAUAUUACCAUGGUUUGCACUUAGAAGAUGAAAACUGUAUUGGUGAAGCAAUUGCUUUCCUCAAUAUCUCUGUGCAAGAACUGAUUUCGUCUCUUCCUUUUAAAACAUGGCUGUUGGAAUUUUUCGAUUUCGAUGGAUUUAAAGAGACUUUAGAAAAGAAGCUAAAGGAACUGAUCAAGGAUAACGAUUAUAUUUACCAUGAAAGUGUUCCACCAGUCGUACAAAUUGAUUCUAUAAAAUCACUCGAUGCGAUCAAACCUCUAUCAUGGGAGAAAGUAUUAGAGCCAUAUAUGGAAGAAGUUGGGGAUAAGUGUGAUGCGUUGUACAAAGGUAUUAUUCCUUUGGAUGUUUAUGAAAAGGAAAGUAUUUACUCCGAAGAAAAGGCCACACUACUAAGAAAGGAGGUUGAAGAAACUGAAACAGCAAAUUUGGAGUACUCUUCCUUUAUUGAAUUCACCAACUUGCCUAGGCUCUUGAGCGAUUUACAGAAACAAUUCAACGCUGGAAACAUUGUGUCAAAUACGGAUACUCAAGUACAACUAAUGAGAGACCAAAUUCAGGCAUGGUGCAAAUUUGUUCAAACAAACGAAUUUAGGAAUAUAGAAGAACAAAUGAACAAGAUUGUCUUGAAGAGAAAGCAAAUCUUAGAUAUUCUACCGGCUUUACCUACUGACCAGAAGGAAAAUGUUACAAAAUUGAAAUCUUCUCUAAUAGCGGCCUCAAAUUCAGAUGAAAAAUUAUUUGCUUGCGUGAAGCCUCAUAUUGCGGAAUUAAAUUUAUUGAAUGACAGCGGAAAGGUAUGGAGAAAGUUUGAAGAGUUCAAUAACAAUAUUCCUGCACAACCUAGCCUGUUAGAUAUCGAUGAUACCAAAAAUGAUAAGAUUUUGGACUUAUUGAAACAGGUAAAGGGUUAUGCAGAAGACUUGAGGACAUUAAAGGAGGAACGUUCCAGAAAUUUGUCUGAACUUAGGGACGAAAUUAACAAUGAUGAUAUAACAAAACUAUUGAUACUUAACAAGGGAAAAUCCGACGUUGAGCUCAAAAAAGUAUUUGAAACGGAACUGGAGAAGUUUGAGCCUUUGAGUACGAGAAUAGAAGCAACAAUUUAUAAACAGUCUUGUAUAAUCGAUGAAAUCAAAGCUAAGCUGGACGAAAUUUUCCAUAUCUCAAACUUUAAGGACAAGUCCUCUAAAGAAGAAGAGUUUUCAAACGAUCGUAAGGUUUUCUUUGAUAGUUUACAAGACGCAGUUAAAGCUUUUGGUGUUUUUGCGUCUGAUUUGCCAAAAGGAGUGGAGUUUUAUGAUUCGCUACUCAAUAUGAGUAGAGACUUGGUUGAAAGAGUAAGAACAGCCAAACAGCAUGAGACCCUUACGACAAACUCUCCUGCACCUCCUCUCCCUCCGCUUGACUUCAGGGCACCUGUUGUAGGAGAUCGUCCAUUAUUGCCCCAAAAUAGCGCAGCGUCUCAAUCUCAACCUCAACAAGGCUUCAAUUUAGAAGCACGUUUUCGAAAUCUCAAAGUAAGUUCCAGCAAUGACUUACUCCAAGGACCUAAUAUUCCACCAAGAACCUAUGAAUCUUCACCAUAUGCAGCAAUUCCUAACACGACAGGUCCACCAAUACCACCAAAACAAUCGCAAGAAGAUCUCUACGACGUAAGGAGGCGUAGAGCGGUUGAAAAUGAAGAACGUGAGUUGCAAGAAAAUCCAACAUCUUUUUACAACAGGCCUUCUGUUUUUGACGAAAAUAUGUACUCUAAAUACAGCAGCUAA